AUGCUGGAAGGUUCUGAGCACCGGGAGCAGAAACUCCCUCCAGUUUUGGGGGUGAUUCACCCCGAAGGGGAGAGACCAGCCCAGAACGAGAAGAGGAAGGAGAAGGGGGUGAAGAGGGGGGGGAACCGCUUCGAGCCCUACGCCAACCCCUCGCGGCGGUACCGCGCCUUCAUCACCAACAUCCCCUUCGACGUCAAGUGGCAGUCCCUGAAGGACCUGGUCAAAGAGAAAGUUGGUGAGGUAACAUACGUGGAGCUCUUAAUGGACGCUGAAGGAAAGUCAAGGGGAUGCGCGGUGGUGGAGUUCAAGAUGGAGGAGAGCAUGAAGAAGGCGGCCGAGGUCCUCAACAAGCACAGCCUCGGCGGGAGGCCCCUCAAGGUCAAAGAGGAUCCCGACGGGGAGCACGCCAGGAGGGCCAUGCAGAAGGUCAUGGCGGUGGCCGGAGGGAUGGGAAUCGGGCCCGGCCCCGGCGGCCCCGGAAUGCUCAACAUCCCGCCCAGCAUCCUGAACAAUCCCAACAUUCCCAACGAGAUCAUCCAUGCCCUGCAGGCAGGCAGGUUGGGGAGCACCGUCUUCGUGGCCAACCUGGAUUACAAGGUGGGCUGGAAGAAGCUGAAGGAGGUGUUCAGCAUGGCCGGGGUCGUGGUCCGGGCUGACAUCCUGGAGGACAAGGACGGGAAGAGCCGGGGCAUCGGCACUGUCACCUUCGAGCAGGCCAUCGAGGCCGUGCAGGCCAUCUCCAUGUUCAACGGGCAACUGCUCUUUGACAGACCCAUGCACGUGAAAAUGGACGAGCGAGCCUUUCCCAAAGGAGAUUUCUUCCCUCCAGAGAGACCCCAGCAGCUCCCUCGCAUGGGAAUGGAAGGCAUGGGCUUUGGAAUGAAUAAAAUGGGAGGUAAGCUACCCCCUGACCUUCCCAACUCCACCUUGAGACCCCCUGACCUUCCCAAUUCCAUCUUUCCAGAGAUGGAUCGUGCCAUGGGGGGAGGAUUUGAAAGAGAGUUUGGAAGGAAUGAAAUGGGAAUGUCCCGGAGUUUUGGAGAGACCCUGGAGAGAGGAAUAGGUGGUGGCAAUGCCAGCAUUCCUGAGGAUGAGUUAUUUCAGGAAUGA